GAUGUUCUCCGUAUCAGUGUAUCGAAGGCAAGCAUGGCGGAGAUUUUGAGUUGAUGGCGGUCAAUAACAACUGCAUAACACAUGAUUUUCGUCGUCGGAUCGCUUGCUUUCGACCCGAUUAAGUUUUGUCAAUAUUAUGGCAAACACAAGGCGGCGUGUCAAGCUUUAUGUAAUGAAUGAGGACAGGCAAUGGGACGAUCGAGGAACGGGUUAUGUUUCUUCAUCCUAUGUCGAAUUAUUGCAAGGAAUAGCUCUACUGGUUCGAUCUGAAGAAGACGGUAAAGAAAACCUCGAUCAAUUGUAGUAUACAACCCAGUUGAAGCUCUGUUAGACUGCCUUGUUCUUUAACAAAUCCUGCUAUUCGUUGAGGGCAAAUUUAAGCUCGAAAUUGGACAAAAAUAAAAGCGGAUUUUUAAAGAACGAGUCGGCUACUACGUCAAGACUAUGACCAUAGAUUGCAUACUUCAAAUGAAUGUAAAAACUUUGAUUUCACGCCAGAUUUAGAGCUGGAUGUAUACUAAAUUUAACCACUUAUUCUUUCUAGGUAAAACUCUUCUAGAAUCGAAGAUUCAUCCACACACGGCCUACCAAAAACAACAGGUUAAUAAUAGCUUUCAAGAAUCGAAAAUAUUUCCCCAUAAUUUCUUGUGUGUGACUUUAAACUUCAUUCGUACGUCUUUUUCCGCUUUUAGGACACGCUGAUCGUGUGGGCAGAGGCAGAUAAUUAUGAUUUAGCCCUGUCCUUUCAAGAAAAAAUUGGUUGUGAUGAAAUUUGGGAAAAGAUCUGCCAUGUAUGUGGUUGUUUAUAUUUUUACGUUGUGCAUUGCGAUACUGUAUACUCUUUCCGGAAAUCAAACCACUAUGUACAUUGAAACACGAUCAUCUGUCAUUUGCAAAGAAUCCUAAAUAGUUUUACGUUGCUAUGACUUUUCGUUGAGGAGUGUUUGCUGUGAUUAAGUAUUUGUUUAUAUCACUUUACAUAUACCAAUAUAAAACACGCUAAUUUCGUGUAGUAUACUAUGUUAUUGAUAGCUGGAAGUUCAAUAUCGUAUUUAUUGUUGGUGUCUGUGAUAGUUUAUCAGACAAUCUAAGAUGUUGUUUAAUUGACACCUUGGUAUUUAUAAUGUUGCCUGUAAUUAGAUAUGCAAUUUAGUUUGUCUUGAUCCUGGGGUCCAGUGUGGGUAGCAUUCUAGAAUAAACUUCCAUGAUUCGUGUCGAAACUACAGUAUCUGAAAAAGAUAUCUCAAAUGUAUUUGCCUUCCAUGUUUGGUGAGGGUACGUAAAAUACGUACUGAGAAAUCAAAGCCUACUUUUGUCUGUGCCAGAAAUAGUGAAAUUUUCAGAAUUUUUAUGAAAAUUUCUGGAAAAAGAUAUCUGAAAUGUGGUGGUCCAGUGUAGGUAGUAUUCUACAAUAAGUUGUUGUGUUUUGUGUCUGAACUACCAGAAAAAGAUAUCUCAAAUGUGGUAGUUCAUCAGUGUAGGUAGUAUUCUGCAAUAAGCUGCCGUGGUUUGUGUCUGAACUACCAGAAAAGGAUAUCUCAAACGUGGUGGUCCAGUGUAGGUAGUAUUCUACAAUAAGCUGUCGUGGUUUGUGUCUGAACUACCUGAAAAAGAUAUCUUAAACAUGGUGGUCCAGUGUAGGUAGUAUUCUAUAAUAAACUGCCAUGGUUUGUGUCUGAACUACGGUACCUGAAAAAGAUAUCUCAAACAUGGUGGUCCAGUGUAGAUAGUAUCCUACAAUGGUUUGUGUCUCAACUACCUGAAAAACAUAUUUAUAAAACAUUAAAGUGAUCAGACCAUCUCAAAUCUUCAGCAUUGUUGCAGCAAAUUGCAGCACCAGCCAGAAAAAGUUAAAAUCAACUGAAUGCUGCCAAAAUUUUUAUGAUGUUUGAACUGAUUGAUUGAACCAAACAUGAUAUCAAAGUAUGUAUAUUUUGCAGGUUCAAGGGAAGGACCCCUCGGUCACGCUCACUCAAGAAAUUGGCGACGACAGUGAAUUUGAAGAGAAAUUUGACGAAGUGCCUGAUGCAGCUGCUCCGAUCGAGCUUCCUCCGUGCGAGCUUAGUCAACUUGCGGACAUUUCAGCUGUGUUUACUGGUGUCCUGACCUCGCCGAUACGACGUGAAAAAUUAGCACUUGCUAUCGAACAAGAAGGAUAUAUCAAACAACUUAUGGAAUUAUUUCAUAUGUGCGAAGACCUUGAAAAUUUUGAGGGACUUCAUCAUCUGUUCGAGAUUGUUAAAACAUUAUUUCUUCUUGAUAAGAAUUUUUUAUACGAUACGAUGUUUAGUGAAGGUAUUAUAAUGGAUACAUUGGGAUGCCUUGAAUACGAUCCGACAAAGAAAGAGCCACAGAGGUAUCGGCGUUUUCUGAAAGAUCAUGUUCGGUUUAGGGAGGUUAUUCCAAUAAACAACGCAGAACUUUUAUCAAAGAUUCAUCAGACGUAUCAAGUGCAGUAUAUUAUGGACAUUGUGUUGCCAACGCCGACCGUUUUUGAAGAGAACAUGUUGCCGGGUUUAAAUGGAUUUUUAAUUUUUAGCAAGUUUGAAAUAGUUAAUAUGGUUCAGGUAUGAAUUCCUUCUUAAUGUUUGCCACUCUGUAUAAACACUCACAUACAAAAGCAUUUUCAUUUCUCACAUGGUACAUUAGUAGAUUAGUAGCGAGCAUUUGAAAGUCUGAAUCAGCUUAGCGGGUUGAUGUGAGGCAAGUUAAAUAUGAUUGAAAUCUUAAAAUGAUGUUGAGAUUGUUGACAAACAGCAAUGUUUCACAUGUGAAUAGAUUGUUUUUAUUUGCAAGUGUUUAUGAUGCAACACACAGUAAUACAUAAUUGUUUUAACCCAUUGAGUGGCAGCACUCUCCCCUUGUUAAAUUCCUUGAAGUAUACUACUAUAAUUUUUAUUCAACCUUUAUCAUUUAAUGCUACAGGAAGACAACAAAUUUCUGGAAGAUUUUUUUAUAAACCUUUGCAAUGAAGAAUGUUCUCUUGAAAGAAGAGGACAGCUGGUUCAGUUUCUCAAGGAGCUGUGCUCCUUGGCGCAACCAAUGCAACAUGUCAACCGAGAAGAGUUCUUCAAGGUAAUAUUAGUUUAAAGUAGCAUUGGGAAAUAUUAAAAAAUAUCAUAUUAUUGUCUAGGGAGUUAUUACAACAUUUGCGAUAAAUGCAAUAAAAGCAAUGGCCACAGUUUCAAUUUUAGAUAAUAUGCAGUAAAAAAAUUGUUAACAUAACAAUUAAACAACAUCAAUAACCAAUAAGAUAUCAGUUUAUCUCUUAUUGUAAAGAACAAAUUUGAUGUAAAGAUCCAACUAAAACAAGUAAAAACCUUUUUGAAUUCAGCGUUGCAUAAACCUUAGCUGCCCACUGCGAUACACAUGCCAAACAAUAUCACAAUAGUCAUUGAUCAUGGUGACAAUUACAGUAUAUUGUCACUCAUGUUUCUACCAUCGAUACCGUAAUCAUGAGUAAAAAUAUUAUGGUUAUAUCGAAGUAUUGCCCAAUCUUAGUGACUGAAAUACAGCAGAUUUAGUGUGUUCUGUAUUUAACCACAUAUAACUUUGUUUGUUUUUUAUCAAGGCACUCACAAACCACAAUCUCCUUCCUGCGUUGGAAAUGUUAUUGGUAGGUCUGGUUUCUUUCAAAUAUUAAUUAAAUAUGUAAUGUAGUAAAUAAAAUACUGUUCUGAGUGUGUUACCCAAACUAACUCUCUUUGCUGAGCUGAUUUAAUCCUGUGUUUGCAUGAGACUUUUCAGGCGGGAUUGAGAUUUUUUCAUGAACCUGAAAUUUGCACUUUCGCAAGCAACUUUCACAGUUAUAACCCACAGAAUCAUUUAGAGACCUUUUAAGAUUGAAAUCUGUUGAGAAAAUCUUAUUUAUAAAAAAUAUAUUCACAUGAACAAAGCAAUAACUCUCAGCCCGGGGCAUUGCGUUUAUAUGGAAAAUUCCCAGCCCGGUUACCCAAGAUCUCGGGUCAGUCAAGGUGGGAUCUUGCUUGGGGUGGGCCAACUCGGUUUCCAUAUAAACACAAAAUGAAGUUUAGUAGGAGAUAUAAACAAAACAAAGGCGGGAUCUUGCCUAAACUGGGCCAGUUUGCCCCAUUUAUACAACCACAAACUCAGAAAUAAUUGACGAGUCAAUUAUAAUUACUUUGUUUUAAAGUACUUUGCAACAAAUUCAAAAUUUCUAUGACUAUAUUUCAACUUAUGUUUUCCCCCAAAAUAUGAGUAUAGUUCUUUGGUAGAUAUGCUGGAAGAUUGGUGUUAAUUUAAAUGGUUUUUCUAGGCAAUGGAUAACCCGACAAUUCGAAGUAUCGCAGUUGAGAUUUUCGCACAACUUUGUGAAGUAAGGCCAUCUUCUGUCAGAGAGUUUGUCUUGCAAAUGGCAAAGUCACAACAAGAUGAUGUAAGUGUUGUAGUGCUGUCCUAACCUAAAGUUGCAAUGCUCUAUGCAAAUCCAUGCAAGUUGUUCUUUUUCUGAUUUUCUUUGUGUCUAAGAUUACACGAAUUUAUUAUGUCUAGUGACAGACACUUACUUGUCUAGGACUUAAUGUUCUAUACUUCUAUAUUUAUCAAAUUUAGUGUAGAAAUUAUUACGGAAUAACAAUUAUACUAGGCAGAGUAACAAUAGGACACAAAGUCUCUUACAAUUAAGGUUAAGUGCCUAAUACAAGGUUAACUGUCAAUGGUAUUAAAUAUCAGGCCUCGAAUUUCCCAGAAAUCAAUCGACAGCAAUGGUGUUAAAAAUUGCCGUAGAACAGCUGUCUACGACAAUUUUGGCAGUUUCCAAGGCAUUUUUUCAAAUUACUGUAAUAAAAAUUUAAUUUUAUUUUUACUUUGGAUUGUUGACAAGCUAGAAACAUGUUUACAUAUUUCUUUAGUGUUUUUUUUUAAGAAAACUGAGACUAAAAUGGUAAUUUAGGCAUGAUUUGAUCAACUUCUGAAUUCAAGUAUCAAAAUAGUAAUGCACAGUGAAUAAUAUAAGCUAUAAAAAUUACAUUAUAUGGCAAUAUCAAAAUAGUAAUGCACAGUGAAUAAUAUAAAUUGCCGUUGUCGCCGCAAUGAUCCACAGCAUUUGGUUCUCCAGCAUUUGGUCCUCUACGGCAAUUGCUGCGAUAAAAUUCAAGCCCUGCUAAAUCUUAACCAGCUUUUGUCGUGGAGACCCUGGUUCAAUCCUUGGUCAGACCUCUGCUCAAGCUCUUAAAAUAAUUGAGGAGAAAGAUACAUUACAGAUACUUACAUUGACAUCAGUAAAUGGUUAGACUUUUGCAUCUUCUUGCAUAAGGAUGUUAAAAUAGUAGGUUUAGUAGCAAGUUCAAAAUCGCAGGAUCGAUUCCUGCCAGAUGGCAUACUAUAUAGUCGCAUUUAGAUUUAAUAAAUGUAUAAAAUUCUCACUCGGAAUUCCCAGCUAAAAAGCCUUUCAGAAAUUGGUUUUAUGUACCUCUGUUUAAUUUAGGAUUCAAUUUUGCUCAAUCAAAUAAUUCAUCAAAUGAUCUGCGAGGGAGAUUCAGGUAAUUAAAAAAAAAUGAACAUUCACUAAAGUAAAUAUAGAGAAUUAAAACUGUGUAAAGAAAAUUUAAAAAGUUGUUGGAUCUCAUCAACUGCUCAUUUGACCGAGGCUUGAGAUUCUGAUAUAAAACUCUUUUUUCCAGGGAUUGCCAUUCAACUGUCACAAGUCAUUCGCUUGCUGCUCGAUCCUGAAAACAUGGCGCUGACAGCUAAUGUAAGUUUAGCCGUGGAAAAGUUUCCUUUUGUGAUAUGUUGUAUAGUAAUAUGCUAUUUUCCUACUUCCAGAAAACGGAAAAGACGGAAUUUUUAAGUUAUUUUUACAAGCACUGUAUGCACAUACUCAUCGCCCCACUCCUGGCUACCACCGCUGAUGGAAAAGUUGGAAAAUGUAAGUGACAAAACAGGCUGAUACGUUUCUGAUACCGGUACACAAUAAUUGAUGAGGAAAAUAUGACGCUGCAUUGUUGUCUUAAACAAAGCAGUAUUGAAAAAACUCUGGUAUUAAGACAGAUUCUUUCAUUUCUAUUUAAUUUCGCUCAUGAUGUUUUUGUGACUUGGUUAUGACUAUAUUCAAUUUUUUAAAUUUUUGAUAGUUUCUCAAUCGGCAAACAAACUUAAAAAGUAUGUUUAGUGCUUUAUCUGUAAAAUUAUGCUAAAAUGAAGAGAUUUUAGAUCAAAGAGAAAAUUAUGUCUGAAGUUCAGUAAGUUUUGCUUAUAUUGCUGUUUGAAUAUGCAGGCGUCAAUUUUACAGCAUCAAUGAUAAUUGUAUUUCAAUUCACAAUAUUUAACUAUUAAUUUGUUUUUCUCGACCGCGAUGCAUUCAAAAAGGUUGCCAACUGUGUAAACUACAAAAUAAACCUAAAACAAAGUUAUUUUGAGAGGAACGCCAAAAAGAUUUUAGGUUUUGAACAUUUUUAUCGCAAAUAUGGGACAUUGAAAAAAAAUUGCAGUCGUCGUUUGUUAUUACUUCUAGUGGAUUACAACACAGCGGUGAAUCUCGCCCUAAUUCUGGACAUCUCAUCAUUCUGUGUUGAACAUCAUACGUAUCAUAUCAAGAAUUACGUCAUCAGUAAAGAUCUGCUUAGGAGGAUACUGAUUUUAAUGAAAUCUGACCAUAAAUUUUUAGUUUUAGGUAAGUUAAAAAUUCUUCAUAUUGAGUAACAACGCAACAAGUGUGUUGGUCAAUCCUUACUCGACCUCUAGGAAGAGCAGUUUAGUACCAAUAGAACUAUCCAAUGUAAAUAAAGACAGUUUGGUUUAGAUUUCCUUCUGCAGUAACACUGGAUCAAUAAGAGAUGAUCCUUACUGGACCUCUAAGAAGAACAGUUUAGAACUGAUAGAGCUAUCCAGUAUAAAUGAAGUUAGUUUAGUUUAGAUUUCCUCCUGUAGUAACACUGGAUCAAUAAGAGAUGAUCCUUACUGGACCUCUAGGAAGAACAGUUUAGAACUGAUAGAGUUAUCCAGUAUAAAUAAAGUUAGUUUAGUUUAUGUUUCCUCUUGUAGUAACACUGGAUCAAUAAGAGAUGAUCCUAACUGAUAGAGCUAUCCAGUAUAAAUAAAGUUAGUCUUAGUUUAGGUUUCCUCCUGUAGUAACACUGAAUCAAUAAGAGAUGAUCCUUACUGGACCUCUAGGAAGAACAGUUUAGAACUGAUAGAGCUAUCCAGUAUAAAUAAAGUUAGUUUAGUUUCAUUGCUAUUUCAAAAUUCAUGUUUUUAUUUAUUUCCUCAGGUGCCUUGCGCUGUUGUCGUCGGAUAGUUGGUCUGAAAGAUGAAUUCUAUAAUCGCUAUAUUGUCAAAGGGAAACUCUUUGACGCCAUUGUGGAUAGUUUUAAAUGCAAUGAAAACCGUUACAACCUCUUGAACUCGGCUACGGUGGAACUUUUUGAGUUCAUACGACAAGUACGUAGAUGUUUUUGAUGUUACUCUGAGUGUAUAUCCACACCGGACAGGCUGAAACGUUUGCCUGACCAACCUGGUCAGGCUAACUUUCAGCCUGCCCGGUGUGGAUAUACACUCAGAGUAACAUCAAAAACAUUAUAUUCACCUGAGUACAUAACAUCAAAACACACACAAAAAAUAUCAACUACGUACACGUUUGAUUAUCGAAAUAUAAAUGUUAAAUCUAAGUUUAAAAUAUUUUUUAAAUAUAUUUUUUAAUACUUUUUUUGUAGGAGGACAUCAAAACACUUUGUUCAUACGUUUGUAAAGAAUAUAGCUCAACCUUCAAGAAUGUUGAUUAUGUCAACACUUUUAAAGGAUUGUUUUUGAGAGUUGAACAAGAAAUUGACAGAGUGAGGAAGAAAGAAGAAGAGGCCUCGAAAAAUAAUGAACGGUAAACAAAGUAAUUUUAUUUAUACUGGAUAGCUCUAUCAGUUCUAAACUGUUCUUCCUAGAGGUCCAGUAAGAAUCAUCUCUUAUCGAUCCAGUAUUACUACAGGAGCAAACCUAAACUAAACUAACUUUAUUUAUACUGGAUAGCUCUAUCAGUUCUAAACUGUUCUUCCCUAAAGGUCCAGUUUAUUUGAGCCAGUAUUACUAGAGGAGGAAAACUGGAUUCACUCCUCUCACAGGAAAUUUCAGGAAUCAGACCUCGGUCACGGAGGUGAAAGACAACUAACGACUGUGUUACCACCAUAAUCUUAUGACAUCAUGUUUCUAUGUCUAGACCCCCACGCGGGAUUAUCCACGUAAGCUCGCGGUUCCGUCGCGAUCCACGCGCGUUGGAAGAAGAAGAGGAAUCAUGGUUCGACCAGGAUGACGACGAGGAACAAAAUGGCGACGAUGACGUCAUGGCCCCAGUGAAUUCUCCUGAAGAAAAUUUUACAUCUUGCAACAGUUUCCCCAAGAAGAAUGAUGUCCUCGCGCCAAGCACGUCGAAUAAG